AUGCAGGUUGGAGCACCCACAGAAGGCAUAGCAAUAGAAGUGAAGCAAGAUGCUUCACCCGCAGCUGCAAAGGCUUUCCACCAAAUCAAUCGCUGGGAGAGAUGCUUUGAGGUUGCUGCGACGUUGAUUACCGGUAUAAUCUUCAUUGCAAAGCUUUUAGAGCCCUUGUCAAUAUUCAUCGGCUCUUGUGCCCUGGUGUGGCUUUCUUGGUUUUUUUUCCAGCUCUGGAGGCAUGGGGCUUGGAUCCUUUUCGUGUGGGGCGUGCGUAUCGACCAGCCCAACGUGCAGAAGAGCUUUCUCUUGCCGAGUGUCUUUGCUGUUCUUGCUCUGGUCUUCAUUUGCGUGGGUUGCGCGGUGGCAAACCAGGAGAUCAGGUUCGACAACUGGCACUUGUGGCUGAUCUUUUUUCUCUAUCCCUUCUAUGGCGUGUUGCAACACGUGAUGUUACAAUCAUUCUUGAUGCGGAACCUGAGUUGGUGUGUUACCGGGUCAGAUGAGCGCUCGGUUCUUGACGCCUUCCUGAAUGAGCCAAAGCUGUUGAGCUUGCUGGCUGUUGCAGCGUGUGUUGUCGUUUCGGCCACCGCCUUCGCCUUUGUUCACUGGCCUGACCCUUGGUUGAUGGCCGCUACUGGGGCCAUGGGAGUUCCAUGGGCGAUCGAAUACUUGCUCCAUCGAAAUGUUCUGCCUCUGGGAUUGUAUCAUGGAUUCCUUGGCACGCUCUUCUACUUCUGGUUCAUGGGAAGAGAUCCCUUGCAUGGCAUGUUCUGA